AUGACCAAGAAGGCGAAAGAGGCGAAAGAAAAGAAAACGAAUGACAACUGGGAAAGUGGUGACAACUAUAAGAGAAACAGGAAUACCACUGAAUGGGGAAGCAGUGACAGAGGCACAGGAAACCGAAGGCGCCGUGGUUAUAGUCGAGGCGGUGGCAACAGAUUUAAUAAUGAUGAAACGUGGGUUGAAAAUGGCGAGGAAGGCGCAAGAGGCAGUACAGGAGGUCGCAACAAUCAAACCCGAAGUGGCAGCGGAGUGGACGACAGCUGGGGUGGAAGAAGCGACGGUGCUUGGGGUGAAGAUGAUAAGGGAAGGCGUCGCCACGACAUCGGCGACUCCAACAGAAAAGGUCGCACUGAUAAUGACACAAAUGAUGCCGGUCCGGAGAAACCACGGGAAAUUUAUGUGCCCCUGGAACGGGUCGGAGAAGAUGAUCUCUUCACAACCACCAUCACUUCGGGUGUGAAUUUUAUUAAACUUACUGACGUUGAAGUAAAUGUGUCGGGACAGAAUGUGCCCAGGCCGAUUGCUUCAUUUGAAGCUUCCAAACUUAGGCAACUGUUAUGUGAUAACGUGAAAAGGUCUGGUUACACCACACCAACGCCUAUACAAAAACAUGCAAUACCCAUUAUUGCAAACGGGAGAGACUUGUUGGGCUGUGCCCAAACUGGCUCAGGAAAAACCGCCGCGUUUCUACUUCCCAUAAUUAACAAACUAAUGGAAGAUCAAUCUCCACCUAUCACUGAAAAUAGCACAGCAUAUCCCAACGUGGUAAUUAUCUCUCCGACCAGAGAACUUGCCAUACAAAUUUACGAACAAGCCCGAAAAUUUGCUUACCACACAAUUGUUAAGGUCGUAAUUUGCUAUGGCGGCACAUCAGUUUUUCAUCAGACUAGUCAAGUUUCUCGAGGUUGCCACAUUUUGGUGACAACUCCUGGUCGUCUGAUUGAUUUUCUUUCGCGUAACACCGUCUCAUUUGCUUCUUGCAAUUGUUUUGUUCUGGAUGAGGCGGAUCGCAUGCUAGAUAUGGGAUUUAUAUCAGCAGUUGAGCAGAUGCUUGGCCACGAGACUAUGCCAGCUACGGGUGUAAGACAGACGUUGAUGUUUUCCGCUACGUUUCCUGAAGAGGUUCAAGUUUUGGCGGGCAAAUUUUUAUACAAUUAUAUAUUUGUGGCUGUUGGCAUCGUGGGGAGCGCCUCAAGUGAUGUGGAACAGUACUUCCACAUGGUAUCAAAGUACAACAAGAGAGAAAUGUUGAUAGAAAUGCUUCAAAAAUCCAAAGGCAAAGAAAAAACCAUCGUAUUUGUGGAAACGAAGCGCAACACAGACUUCCUAGCCAGCUUGUUAAGCGAAAGCGACAUACAAUCGACCAGCAUCCACGGCGACCGACUUCAACGAGAGCGCGAGCAGGCUUUGUGGGACUUCAAAAAGGGCACAAGAAAUAUUUUAGUUGCGACCGCCGUUGCGGCCCGAGGUCUCGACAUCGAAGGUAUCCAGCACGUGAUAAAUUACGACUUGCCGAAGAGCAUAGACGAAUAUGUUCACCGCAUCGGUAGGACGGGCCGUGUGGGGAACUGCGGCAAAGCCACCAGUUUCUACGAUCCGGACGUCGAUUCAGGCCUGGCCGGGCCACUGACGAAGAUUCUGGAACAGGCCGGGAUCACCGUUCCGGAGUUUCUGCGCAAGGCCGGAUAUGGCGGCGGAUCGUCGGAUGCCUUUAGCGGCAGGGAUGUCAGAGGCAACGAUUAUGGUACUGACGUUAAAGCUGCAUUUGAUCCAUGUGCCGAUGAAUGGUUUAAGUUCCUGAAAUCGCUCUUCCGGCCUCUGCAUUCAGGACAUUGAUUCAUACGCCUGAAGCAGGAUUUGCAGCAGCUGUGACCGAUGACGCACAUUCGGAUUGGUGGUUUCAUGUAGUCAAGGCAUACGGCACACUUGAAUUCGCUGAU